CCUUUUGUAAUUAUUCAUGAUGUUGCGUGUGUAACGUUAGCCUGUACUUCUGAUUUCCUCACAAGAAGGGGGGCAUUUAAUUGCACGGUCUCAUUGACUGUAGGGUUGUCAUAUCCAGCAUCUGAAGACCAGCUUGAGGAAGGAGGGUAAAACGAUAUUCAUCAUGUCUGACGAAGGGAAGCUUUUCGUCGGAAGCUUGAGCUUCGACACCACAGAGGAGAUCUUGGAAGAGGCCUUUUCAAAGUACGGGAACAUCUCGAAAGUUGACGUGAUCAGAGACAGGGAAACGCACAGGUCGCGAGGCUUCGGUUUUGUGACGUUUGAAAACCCCGACGAUGCCAAGGACGCACUGGAAGGCAUGAACGGAAAGACUCUUGACGGCAGAACCAUCCGAGUAGACGAAGCUGGAAAGUCUGGAUCGAGGUCUGGUGGUGGAUAUAGAGGCGGACCUUCAGGCGGCAGAGGGGGCGGAUUCUUCAGAGGUAGCAGGGGUGGAAGAGGUGGUGGAGGAUAUGGAGGUGACAGGAGUUAUGGAGGAGACCGUAGCUAUAGCGGUGGUGGUGACCGUGGUUACGGUGGCGGAUAUUCCCAAAGGAGUGGUGGUGGCAGAUACUCCAGUGGUGGUGGUGGCGGCGGCGGCGGCGGCGGCGGCGGCUACUACAGAGAUAGGGAACAGUCCAGCUAUGGUGACCGCUCUGGAUCCUACAGGGACAGCUAUGACUGAGAGUUACGCCCACGAAUAAAAAUCCCUCCUGAUUCAAGACCAUCCCUUCGCUGGCUGUAUUUAUAAAGAUGCGCUCUUCGAAGAAUUUUUGUUUUUUCUCGUCCUGCAGUUUUUUUUUUCCUUUUCUUUUUUUUUUCUUGUGAUCUGAAUUGAGGUAUAUUUCCAUUUCAGCGGGCGAUGGAGUGGACAUGGCAGCGUUAGGAGGUGACUACUCUUGUUGCGUUUCAUUUUGGUCUCUGUAAAAUGGCGAAACUGUUCACAAAGGGUUCCUGUACCACAAGCUCAUUACUUAAUGUUGGCCCAGAAUAGGGCUGUGUAAAGGGGAAACCGGACUUUACGGCUGUUUUUAAAAUAAAUUUCUCUAUACAAACGGGCUUGUUCCGCGAGUAAGCAUCUGCUGGUAAACACAGCCUGGUAGCUUUAACAACUUUAAUAAACCCCCCCCCCCCCCCCCCCCCCAACCACAACCUGUUUGUAAUAAAGUCUCAAGACCGAGAUCCCGCCAAAAUUGGUUCACAGCGGAACAUCUCUCACAUGUUAACUGACCUUUGACCUGUUUAAGGUCCCACAUUAAAACUUUAUUUUAAAUGCUCACUUCCAUUUUUUUUUUUCCAUCAAUUCAUGAUAGACUGUGACAUGCCUCAUAGUUUUCUGUAAUUCUGUAAUGGCAUUUCUUUAGUGUAGCAAGGUUGGAAUUUGCUCCUUUCCAAUAAAUCGCCUCAAUAUGGCACAAGAUUUUUUUUUAGAAAAACCUGCAGCCCACAGCCCUGCUACCAAGUACUUCUGCUCAGCUUUAUAUAUAUUUUUUUGUUUUUCAUUUUUAAUAUGUUCUGUUUUCCUGGGCUGAAAUGUCCUCCUGCGCUUUGACUUCAAAACAACACCUGUUACUGCCAAUAUUGUCCAUGCUUGGAAAGGAAUGUGCUUUUUGUUCUGUCUCAAAAUGACCUUUAAGAAUUUUUUUGUUUGUUUUUGGGUAACUUCCGGCUUCAUGAAGCCUAUUAAAACAGUUGGUGAAAGUACUCUUGGUAUUUUUUUGCCUUGUCAAACAAAUCAUUUGCCUCCAUACCCGCACCAGCUGAAUGACUGAAGUGUUCUGUUUGCUGUUAUUUUUAAAAGAAAUCUCAGGGGUGUGGGCAGUUGAUGGUCAGUGUGGGAGGAAGUAAUUUUCCAGACUGGGGGAAGUCCGUAGGAAGUUGUGAAGAGUUUAUCCGAUUGGCUGGGCUAACCCUCUAGUAGGCAUCCAAACCCAGAGUUGCGAUGGAUUUAUUCUUCAGCAUGACCCCCUUUUUUAAAAAAAAAAAAAGAAAAAGAAGAGAUAUUUAAACUUCACAACUGGACCCAAAUUUCAGUGCAGAAAUGAGAAGUUGGGGAGGGGGAGGGGAGGGAAUUGGGUGAUGAGUUGGGCUGUUCUGCUGGGCGUUUCUGGUUGUGUUGUCCCAUAAUCCUUCACUGCGUCCAAGUGCUCUCUGCUACUGUUCGACUGGGUGGGGAAAAAACCGCCUUGUCCUUGGAGGAGUGUUGGGCCUACCGACAUGAGAACCGUGUGAGGCGCAAGCUGCUCUCUUGGCUAGUUCAUAUGUGGAGAUAGGCCUGUAAUGUGAGGUAAAUCCUUUUGCUCUCCUGUUCACAUCCUCCAGACUGAGUUCAUUUUUUUAGUGGUCGUUGAAUCCUCCCUCCCUGCACCACGCCCUCCAGUGCUCUCUUCCAAGAUCUCUUAUUUAAAAAAAAAAAAAAAAAAAAAAAAAAGACCAAAGAAAAAAGUAUGACCAGUUGUAUUGAGCACUUUGUGGUAAAUUUCAAGUGCUGUCUAUUUGGCAAAACUUUAACUGAUGCAGCCCCUUCCUCCCCAGACUCUACCUCUAAACCUUGGAGGCAUCCUUAAAAGUGGCCAUUUUGGCUCCUGUUAAUGUUGACCAUUGGAGUCCCCCCCCCCCCCCCCCCACAUCUGUAGUUCUGAUGCCCACCCCCCCACUUUGCUAAUCCUGUAAAAGGGAUCGUUCUCCACCCAUUUUGGACUCCUCUCGCCACUUCCCUCAAAAUGAGACAUUUUCCCUUGGAAGUUCUCACUGAGAUCAGAGGCUUUGUUUUGUACUUGGAACUGAAUGUUUAGAGGUUUUUUUUUCUCCCGUUUGAAAAGUGCAUUAAAGUAAAACUGCUGUUAAAACUACAUCUUGAUCUCUUACACUUUCUUUUCAGAGUGAGUUUUGCAUUGUUUUUGUUUGUUUUUAGGAGUGGGUGUCCAGGAUGAUAAAUGUCACCAGUUCUUUAGUACAGAGCCAGUGAUGUUAAAUUGUUGUUUAAGACAUGGUCACAUGCAUGUACUGAGGGACAUUUGUAAGACUAGGCUUUAAAUGUGUAGCUCAUAGAUGGCUUGGAGCUGUGAACUCAUCUCUUGAAUUUGCCUUGUGUAGGUUGAGGGUAUCUGAGCGUCUGGAUUGAGCCGUGCAAGAUGGGAGCUGGUCAGCUGCAGUGACCGCUUUGGCCUGGUCCUCUGGAUGAGACUCUUCAGGUGUUGAACACAGAAUAUUCCUGAGAUCCUGGCUUUUUUAUAUUUUAUUUUUGGAGUCUGAUGGCGGGUCCGCAGUCUUCUACAGCAGUUCGGCACCACGACAUCGAGUAUAGUUAAUAUUUACGGUUUCCUCGCCGCUGUUCUAGUUCAUUACUUGAGCUAACUAAAUAAAUAAACAUUUUCGUAAAAACA